UCAGUCCAUUCUAAGAAGACGGCGGAAAAUGUUCGCUGGCCGGAAGAUCUGUCAUGUUUUGGAGAUUUUGAGCUGAAUUUGCAAGGAGUUCCCUCGAAUUCAGGCAUCCUGAUGGAGCCGGGGAGCAAAGUCCGUGCCAUCUUUGAUUUCAUCGCCAAUGCUCCAGACGAGCUGCCCCUACACCACGGUGACCUCAUCCUGGUGGAGCAAAAGGUGGACCACAACUGGCUGAUUGGCUCCUGCAAUGGCGUAUUGGGGACCUUCCCCGCCAACUUCGUGGAGCUGGUGGUGGACGACGCCCUGUUGGACCGCUUUGCCAAGGGUCAGAAGGUCAUUGCCGUGGAAACCUUCAGCACUGGUGCAGAUGGGGACCUGUCUUUUAAGAAAGGUGAUAUCGUUGAAAUAACCAAGCAGAUCGAUGAGAAUUGGCUUGAGGGGAGACUAGGCAAUAACACAGGGAUCUUCCCUGUCACCUACGUCAGUGAGCACAACACCCAACAUGUGUCCACGCCAGGUGACAUUCUUCGAGCGCGAGCUCUCAAAGAUAACCACGGCCAGUUGCAAGAUGAGCUCAGCUUCAAGAAGAACGACGUCAUUACGAUUGUUGAGAAAAUCGACGAGGACUGGUACAAGGGCAUGCUGGACGAUAAAACAGGGACACUGCCGGCAGUCAAAGUCGAGAUUCUGAAUCCCGGAGAUGCUGCGCCACCUGCCACGACAACAAGCCCGGAUGUUGGGAAAGAUGGCGUUGAUUAUAACGUUGUUAACGAGAGACUCCGAAGUGCAAUGCAGGUUGGGAAAUCUGCCACCCCGGCCUGCGCAAAGACUGGCAACGAUCAGAAUGGAGAGCCUUGGGCUAAAGCCCUUUUCCCCUUCAGUGCCGAACACCCAGGCGAGAUCAGUCUAAUGGACGGAGACCGUGUGAUUCUCAGACGGCGAAUCGACGACAACUGGCUUGAGGGAGAAAUUGGAGGCAAAGUUGGCAUCUUCCCGAGCAACUACGUCCAGAUUCAGUUGGAUAUCCCUGAGGGUUACGCCCCGCCGAGCAAACCCACAAACGGUGCCUCCUCAAAUCACAAACCCCAGUCACUGCCUGUCCCGUCCGGCAGCGCAAACAACAACAACCUGAAAGCCGGAGCGGUGAAGUGGAAAGGAAAGCGAGGCAAGGUCCUGUUUGACUUUGCCGCCGUGACGGAUCAAGAUCUGGGUGUCAAACAAGGCGAGAUCGUAACAAUCAUUGACAAGGUGGACGCGGAUUGGUUCGAAGCCAGGCACCCAUCUGGCAGGACUGGGUUCUUGCCUGUGAACUACGUGAAAGUUUUGGAAAAACCCAAGACCCCUUCCUUCAAGAGACCUGCCCCAUUACCACCCAAGCCCUCACCCACAUCUGCAACCCAAAAUGGCAGUGCAGCCCCAGGCACAAACUCAAUCAACGCCGACCUGUUGGAUAUUUUUUCCAUGCCGCCGGAGACAACAGGAAAGCAAGAAUCGAAAUCCAAACCUCCCUUGCCUCCCAAAUCGGCAAAAGUGUUAUCCGCAGAUAAACCUAAAGCGCCCUCUGCUGUAGACGACCUGCUGUGCUUCGACCCCCUGGGUGACAAUGCGGGUGAUACGUCCCCCCACAUACUCCCCGACAUCCAACCGCUGAAAUCCCAGACCCAGUCUGACCAGGUUGGGUUCAAACUUGGCGGGGGUGCUUACCGGCCAGUCAGUUUUGCCGGCAAGCAGUCUCCACCCGAAAGCACAACACCAAAAAAAUCCUCCACAGGUAAUCCUUUCAGUUCUGUCGAACCGACAACAGAGGCUCCGGUACCCCAAGGUCAGUCGUUACUGGACAUGAGUCCGAUCGACAAGCCCAGCACCUCCGUCUUGGCCCCUGUCAGUGCUCCCCUCUCGCCUCCGCCGGACGUUUCGCAGCCUUCCCCAUCCAAGCCACCGCUGCAGAAAAAGCCCAGCUUCGACCUCCUGACUGCCAAGCCCUUCUCUGCCGUGACUGCCGCCCACAUCCACAGUGUGCCCAGGCCCGGCAGCCAGGGGUCGUCUGGUUCCCCAACAUCCCCCAGAUCCCCCAAAUCAAGACCAGGCCUCUUGACGCCGACCCAGGUGAAUCAGGAGUUGGACCGAGCCCUCUGCGAAGGCGAGGCCCCUGCCAAAUCUCCUUCUGCAGAACCCAGCAAAUUCAAUCCUUUCUCGGCGACCGAUUCAGUAGAGGAUGCCUCCGAACCACUUCCCCCUGUGCCACCCCGCCAACCCUCCCCUAAUCCCUUUUCUGCAGGAGACCAACUCUCUUCGUCAGAUACAUGCAUACCGCCUCCUUUACCCCCUCGCCAACCGUCGCCCAAUCCAUUCAGGGCAGAAUCGCCUCCCCUCGCACCACCCCCUUCUGAACCCCCACCCCCAGUAAUCACUGCCUCAUUACCUCAAACUGCCCAACACUUCACCCCUACCCCAGCCCCCAAACCACAACUGCCGCCCCCUCGCUCUACCUCAAACCCACCCUUUCAAAACCCACCCAGCGCCCAGUGGGUCAACCUCAUGCGAGACGACAGCAUCACGUCGGAAUUCUCUGAUGACUACCUAAUGCAGAACAUCAACUUCAGCAUCCGACCUUCGAACGCGGACUUCCAAGCCCCUACUGCCUUCAAACUGCCUCCGCCCCCGACCAAAUCAAAGGUCAAAGCGUCCACAGUGGAGUCACCUAGAAGUCGGAGGAAAUUUAACCCAAAGAGUGCCGUCCCAAGACCAAGGGGGCGGAGCUUAGAUAGAGAAGGAGGAAGCUCUCCCCAUCCUGAAGAUUUUGAACUGCCUCCGGAUCAUACAACUCCAGCCAACAGAGAAAAGUUCCAGCAGGACUUACAAAACUUUCAGGCAAGCAUUCAACAGAUGUUUGACCCCAGUAAGUUUGAGGACAACGGAGAGGAUGACUUCUCUGGGAUGCCUCUGAGAGAUGCCCCGCCUCCACCUGAUGCGGUUGCCAUAACGACAGAUCAGACGGCAUCUCUGUUGGACGAAGUCUUCGAUGGAAUUACAUCGGAUGUGCCAACGUCAGCAUCAAUCACUCACACCUCGGAUUAUUCGGCACCAGUUGCCGACAUCCUCGGAUUAGGGUUUGACCCCCCAGCUACCGGAAAUGCCACUGCUGCAGUGUCAAAGGUCAAGCCGGGCCGGACGCCACCGGGAAGGCCCAAGGAGCCCGCCCCCAAGAAGAAGACCAUGCCUCCGCGCCCCGCCCCUCCAAAGUUUGGUCCCGGUCACAGGUCAGCUGAAGAUGAGUUACUUGCCAAGCUGCGACCAGAAGGAAGCAACCAGUUGGACACAGAAACCCAAGAGACGGUGAAAGCUCUGCAGUGCAGCAUCUCAGAACUAAAAGACACUAUUGCGGUGCAGCAAGAACAGAAGAAAAUUUAUGAGCAGAUGCUGCAGACUGCCAGUGCGGAGGAGAUACCAGACAUGGAACAGCAGUUGACUGACUGCAUUGGAACCAUCGAGAACUUGCAGACGGAACUGAGAAGUUUAGAAG